AUGUUUGGAUUCUCAGUGACUAAAAAUCCAUUUUCAUUUUUAUCGAAUCCUACUCUCACGUCGUCAUUUUCGCUAUUAGCAAUUUUAUGCGACCGGAAACUGAAAACUACAUUGUGUACCUCAGUAAACAUUAGUCUUCCACUCUCCUACUGAUUUUGUCUUUUCUUAUCUUCUCGCUUACCAGUUCAGCUUCUGUGACCCCCAUUCCAGACAUGUACAUGCUCGUCUAGAAGCAAAAUCCCGCAAUAUCAGACUCACUCAUCGGAUCUCCAGCAUUUUCAAAUGCAUCAAAAAUAUUGCGAUCAUCACGGUUGAGCACAAGCAAUAAACCUAGAGGAACAUUGUGGAUUUGGUCACCGGAGGAAAAGAAAACUCCGAUCAGCAUACUGAAUCUUCAAACCGUCAAAGCCGGCUAGGGAAGUGUCUGCACGGAGAUUCUCUCGUCUCACUUCCAUAUUUGUAGGUACUUGAGGGAGUGAUCUUCAUGACGGAACCCUUUCAUAUUUUGUAGUCAUGGGGGAGAAACAUAGGCAGCUGGUGAUACUAUAUGCAACUCAAACCGGAAACGCAUUGGAUGCAGCAGAGCAAAUUGGCCGUGAGGCUGAGCGCAGAGGGUGCCCUGUCACUCUUAGUUCUUUGGAUGAGUUUGAUGCUAGCUCUUUACCUCAAGAAGACACUGUAAUUUUUGUUGUUUCUACGACAGGCCAGGGAGACACGCCAGAUUCAAUGAAGGCUUUUUGGAGGUUUCUUCUGCAGAAAAAUCUUACUAAGGGUUGGCUGGAAGGAGUUCAUUAUUCUGUUUUUGGUUUGGGUGAUUCUGGCUACCAAAAAUAUAAUACCAAGACUUCAGCUCACUUUGAUUGGCGGUUUCAGUUUGUGGCAAAGAAGCUUGACAGAAGACUUUUAGAUCUCGGGGCAAUUGCUAUUGUGGAGAGAGGUUUGGGAGAUGAUCAGCACCCUUCAGGGUAUGAAGGUGCAUUGGAUCCUUGGAUGUCAACCUUGUGGCACAAACUGUAUGAAAUCAAUCCUAAAUUCUUUCCAAAUGGUCCAGAUUUUGUGAUUCCAGUAUCAAAAUUGAUAGAUCAACCAAAAGUCCAAAUAACAUAUCACGAAACUGACAAAGUGGACUCACAGUUAUCUAGUGCUGCAGGUGUAAACUAUAUUCAAAAGCAAAUUGAGAGGGCUCGCUUAAUGUCACCAGGAAAAUUUUCUAAUAACAAGUGCAAGCCUGAUUGCUUUCUUAAAAUGGUCAGGAAUCAAUCAUUGACUAGAGUAGGCUCCAGAAAAGAUGUGCGCCAUUUUGAAUUUGAAUUUGUUUCAUCUGCAAUCAAAUAUGAAGUUGGUGAUGUCCUUGAAGUUCUACCGGGCCAAAAUCCUGCUGCAGUGGAUGCUUUUAUACAGCGCUGUAACUUGGAUCCUGAAUCACUCAUCACUGUGCACCCUCGAGUGAUGGAGAAUGCUCAGGGCAAUGCCCCUAAUGUCCCUAUCAAGCUAAAAACUUAUGUGGAAUUGACAAUGGAUAUUGCAUCUGCUUCCCCUAGACGUUAUUUCUUUGAGGUUAUGAGCUUUUUUGCAACAGCUCAACACGAAAAGGAGAGACUUGAAUAUUUUGCAUCACCUGAAGGAAGAGAUGAUUUAUACCAAUACAACCAGAAGGAACGGAGAACUGUUCUGGAGGUAUUAGAGGAUUUCCCUUCUGUGCAAAUGCCUUUUGAGUGGUUGGUGCAGUUGUUUCCUCCAUUAAAAACAAGGGCUUUCUCUAUUUCUUCUUCCCCUUCAGCACAUCCCAAUCAAGUGCACUUGACAGUGAAUGUAGUAUCAUGGACAACACCUUAUAAGAGGAAGAAGACUGGCCUCUGUUCCACAUGGCUUGCCAAACUCAAUCCACAACAAACAGGUUUAUGUAUUCCAGUAUGGUUUCAAAAAGGUUCCCUCCCUCCUCCUCUACCAUCACUUCCGCUCAUUCUUGUCGGGCCUGGGACAGGAUGUGCUCCUUUUCGUGGAUUUGUGGAGGAAAGAUCCUUACAAGAUGCAUCUCACAAAGCUGCACCAGUUAUGUUCUUCUUUGGUUGCCAAAAUGAGGACAAUGACUUUUUGUAUCGAGAUUUUUGGUCGUUCCAUGCACGAGAUGGUGGGCUGCUCUCAGAAGAAAGGGGUGGAGGUUUUUAUGUUGCAUUUUCAAGGGAUCAGCCACAAAAGGUCUAUGUGCAGCAUAAAAUGCGAGAACAUAGCCAGAGGAUAUGGAAUUUGGUGUUAGACGGGGCGUCUAUUUAUGUAGCAGGAUCAUCAACCAAAAUGCCUGCAGAUGUAAUGUCAGCCUUUGAAGAAAUUAUAGCCAAAGAGGCUAACAUUUCGAGGGAAACUGCUGGAAUGCUGCUUAGGAGACUGGAAAGAGAAGGUAGAUACCAUGUUGAAGCGUGGUCUUGAAUGCUGCCUAGUUGUCGACUUCAUGGAGCAAUUUUAGGUGGGGGAGGUAUGGUGUGAGCAAUUUAUACAACAUUUGAUUUUAGCCUGAGAGAAGAAAUGAUGAUAACCUGUACCAAAUAUGAUAGGAAGCGUGAUCUUACAUUUGCCUUCAUUUGGGGCUUCUCAGUUUUUAACUUUCCACAAAACAUUAAAGACUCUGGAUUCAUGUCCCUUGUCCGGCUGCUUUGAUAUUGUCCUAUGGGUUGCAACAUUGAUUUUUCUUUCUUAAACUACAAGUUUAUUUUAUUUUUUUAAUCAUUUUUGGAUUUUAUGGAUGUGAUUUUAUCAUUCUAUUUUUAUGUUUAGUAAUAAAGUUUUCCAGUUA